AGUAUUUUAAAGGGUUCUCCUCAUUCGAAUCUCAACCAUCAGAACCAAAAAUUACCUCAAAACCUCAAUCCUUUCUAAAUUUUGAUAUAAUAAAGGCAUAGAGCUCGUAGAUUGAUAAAAAAAAAAAACAAUCUUUGAUUCUUUUCUUGCGACUCUUUUGUGAUCUGAGAUCAAAGGAAGAAGAAGAAGAUAUAGCAAUGGCGUUUACAGGGACAUUAGACAAAUGCAAGGCGUGUGACAAGACGGUUUACGUUAUGGAUUUGAUGACAUUGGAAGGAAUGCCUUAUCACAAGUCAUGCUUCAGGUGCAGCCAUUGCAACGGCACUCUCGUGGUAUCUGUCUCCUUCCUCUGUUCUUCUCCUUCCUCAUGCGUUGUUCCUCUGUUUUGUAUGGUAACAAAAAGAAUGAAUCUUUCUUCUCUUUCGCAGAUAAGCAACUACUCAUCCAUGGAUGGAGUUUUGUAUUGCAAGCCCCAUUUCGAACAGCUCUUCAAAGAAUCUGGAAAUUUCAGCAAGAAUUUUCAGACAGCCGGAAAGACCGAGAAACCAAAUGAAAUGACAAGGGCUCCGAGCAAGUUAUCUUCGUUCUUCAGCGGAACGCAAGACAAAUGUGCAGCUUGUAAGAAAACUGUUUAUCCUCUAGAGAAGAUGACAAUGGAAGGAGAAUCUUACCACAAGACUUGCUUUAGAUGUGCACACAGUGGUUGUCCAUUAACACACUCUUCAUAUGCUGCUCUCAAUGGCAUCCUUUACUGUAAGGUCCAUUUCAGUCAGCUCUUCCUCGAGAAAGGUAAUUACAAUCACGUCCUCCAAGCUGCUGCUAACCAACGACGCACACCUGUGGAAGACAAAAUCGAACCCAACGGUAAUGAAGCAAACCCCUCAGAAGAAAAAGCUUCUGAUGCAGGCCCUGAAGUAGGUGGAGAAGAUGAGUCUUAAGAUAGGUCCUAUACGGGGAGGAAAAACAAUAAUUUCUUUGUGAAAAUAUAAUCUCAAAUUGUCAAAAGAACACAAAAACUACCCAUCAAAAUUUUAUUCUAUGUUUGUA